UCUAAGGUUACCCGUCCGUCCAGAGGAUCACACGAAGCGGAGGUGUGACGUCCCGAGGGCCCUCCGCCGCCCUCAUGCUCUUAUGGCGUCUUUCAAACGGUUCUUGUUUAUUCGUCCGGACACGGACUCACUCUAACACGCUCCCGUGAACUUCAGCCCUGAAAAUCUGACACGGGGGAAUGACAAGCAUCCGAGCCUGCUGGAAUACCUCAGCCAUGAAAACAAGCCGCUCGGACGAUUUAUAGCCGUUCCGAGGGAGGUACCUACACGACGUGCGGGACGGAAGAGCCACACAGAACGAGCUUGGGUUACACUUGUAGUUUGGCUGCUUGCUCAGAGAGGGAACCGAAUAGAGAGCCGAAAAGAAGCGGGUGCGCGGUUCGCCCUCCAUGCCUUUGGCCUGGGAGCAUGGGCCAGGGAGCUAGCACUGCCACUCAGGCACAACUCUUCAACCCAAAUACAGAUGUUGAAGUCGAGGACCAGCAGCACAGCGUAAAAGGUAGUGAUGGCUCCCACACUGGCAGACACACACCCCCGGCCAAACACAAAGGCAAGUUCUCCAACUUCGGCAAGAUCUUUAAGCCGUGGAAGUGGAGAAAGAAGAAGGACACCAGCGAAAAGUUCAAGGAGACUUCUGAGGUCCUGGAAAGAAAAAUCUCAAUAAGAAGGACCCGGCAAGAGCUGAUAGACCAAGGAUUACUAAAAGAACUCCCAGAGAACGAGAGUAAUGACGUGAAAGCUCCCUCAGUAAAGAACGGUCACACACUGCCUGUAUCCGGAGACCGGGUACCAGAGACCGCCCCAGAGAUCAAGGUCAGGACACAUGGCGAUGAACGAAAGAACUUGCUCACACUGGAGCCCGAACGCCGUAUACGGACGGCGUCGGACGUCACCCGCAACCGGCAACCCCUGGACGUGGACGCUCGCAUGCGCAUCUCAUCAGACAGCGACAAGCGAGACCGAGACCGACACAGCCAGGACGAGGUAAGGUACCGUGAACGGAGGGACGACGAAAGAAGGGAGGACCGGGACAGACGCGACAGACGUGAAGACCGGAGAGAAGACAGGGAUCGCAGAGACAGGAGAGAUGAAAUUAGAGACGUCAAGAGAGAUAAAGAGGAGCCGGGGAGGGAGGAAAGAAGGGAUGAGCGAGAAAGGAGAGAUCAGAGAGAACGAAGGGAAGAACAUGACAGACGAGAAGAACCUCAGCGACGGGACAAUCGAGACAAGAGGCCCGACAGUGAAUGGAGAGAAGAGAAAGAAAGAAGGGAGGAACGAAAGCCUGAGCCAGUCAAACAGUUGUCCUUUGAGAAGCCGGUCAGGCCUCAAUCUGAGAUGGAUAUAAGGAGCGGCUUGCAGAAGAGCUCGUCUGAAGUGGGCCAGAGAAUACGUCCGGCUUCUGAAGCUGAACGUAGGACCACGCUACCCCGAAACACACAGCUCGAGGACGACCCCAGGACCCGCAUAGGCUCCGUCGGCGUGCGCUUCACUCCCACCCCUGAAGUGAAGGAGCCGGUGCCUCUACCCAAGCAAGCCAUCCUCCCCCCGAAAUGGCUGAUGUCUUCCUCAGAUUCUGGUCAGGCAUCACCCUCAUCGUCCUCCUCGUCAUCAGUGUCCUCAACCUCUUCGUCCUCCGCUCCACCUAUCGCAAAGCCCCCUCCUCGCACCGUCUCCCUAAUGCCGGUGGACGACUCCUUACGUCCUCUGUCACCUGCUUCCUUAGAACCUUCCAUCCGUUCUGCAUCCCCUGUCCCUUCAGCUCCUAUUUCUAAUACUCUUCCUGCCACCUCCGAUCCCAAAGGGGGUCCCAAGAUGCCACCUGUGCCGCCUCCCAAACCCACCCAUCGCAACAGCAACACAGCACUGCACGACGCAUCUCUGUCACUGCCAGUCCCGAACCCAGUUCCGGCCAAGCGUUCUCCUCCAGUUCCACCUACGAGGAUGACACCUAUCGCUAAGAGGCAGUCGGAAGACGUCUCGUCCGUUCAUAUCGAGCUCCCUGCCAGAAGCUCCUCCCCUAACCUACCCAUCCCCCAAUCAGAGGACAGCAAAAUCCCUGGCUCUCCUGUUUCUGUGGUUUUUCCUGUACCUACCCACAUCCCCCCAUCUCCUCCUCGCACCAUAGUGGACCCUCCGAGCCCUACCACCGAGCCACCCGCCCAUCCUCCAGCUUUGCCCCUGCACAUCCUUAUCCAGCGGGCGCUGACCAGCCCUGGCCCUCUCAACCCAAGUCCAGAUGGCAACCGGAGAGCCCACUCUGCGCUGUUUGAGUUACCACAUGAGAUCAUGGUUGAGACAAGCGUACGCAACUCGCUUCCCGUCACCCUCGAGCCGCUUAGACUGCCUGAAGAUGAUGAUUUUGACAUGGAGGAAGAGCUACGAAAGCUAAACCCAGCUCCUCGACCAACCUGGCCAGUGGAACUAGAACCCAGGAGCAGGCUGGGGUUGGUGGGUGAUCCUGCGGUCACAGUCAUCCCUGAAAAUGCAGAUGCUGAAGAGAGUGGGGAGGAAAGCGAUUCAGAUGGAUCUAUCGUAUACAGAGACGACGACACAGAUGAGGAGGAGGAGGAUGUACCCAUAACUGGUUUGGCGAGCCGCGUGAAACGAAAGGACACUCUGGCUAUGAAGCUGGAUAAACAGCAGGAGAAGGAGGAGAAACAGGGGCAAGAAAACGGCCAUUGGAAGAACCAGGAGCAGUGGGAGGCCAUGCGCAACAUGAUCGGCACCGCUCUCACACGGAGGUUGAGUCAGAGACCAACGCAGCAAGAACUGGAGGAGAGAAACAUUCUGCAAGCCAAGAACGAUGCCGACCGACGAGCAGAAAGAAGCGAGAUCAAACGCAGACUUACAAGAAAGUUGUCCCAAAGGCCCACGGUAGCCGAGCUCCAGAAAAGGAAGAUCCUGCGUUUCCAUGAGUACGUAGAGAGCACAUUUGCGGAAGACUUUGACCGUCGAGGAGAAAAACCUUGGAUUAAACUCACCCCUGCCGAUAAGGCUGCCAUCAGACGGGAGCUGAAUGAUUUUAAGGGUUCAGAGAUGCAGGUCCAUGAGGAGAGCAAGAUAUACACCAGGUUUCAUCGGCCUUAGUCAACACCAACAAGGAUGAAGAGGACAGGAUUCUGGAGCUCCAGAAUAAACCAUGGAAGCUGUCCAAGCAGUGCAGGAUGCAGCUGUAUCUAAGACUUUAGAAUUUUUUGAUUAUUGGGUAUUGCUGUGUAGUGCCAAUCCUCUCGGGGGAAAGUUUUAAUGGACUCUAUGGUUAUGGCUGUGUGGCCGGUUCAUUAGUUGGUGCUAGGACUAAUGACUAACAGCACACAUCCCAGAAAAGGCUGCACAGAUGUUCUGGAAGUUGGAAUUUGGACUGAUUUCAUGGUACACCGAGGCUUUCCGUCCAACAUGGUUGAUUCCUGCAACAUGGUUGCAAACAAACGGUCUAUUUUUUAGAUUAUGCAAACACUGAAUACACACACAUACACACACAUGCACACAAAUAUUUGUAAUCAGGAUGUAGAGUGUGUUUAGCGGUAAUGAUAUUUAUGACAAUUAUGUGGGAUCUUUGUAUUAUGAACAAAAUGUGAUCGAGGUGAGUGAGUUAAAUAGAGAGAGGCUGAGAGUGAGUGGUUGAGUGAGAAAGCAAGAAUAAAUAUGGGUUCCUGCACAUGCUACACACAUGUGCCUUACAUGCUGACACAUGAAUACACUUUUGUACAGCUUCUGGUGGUGCCCGCAACAUUAUACAUACACCGAUCAGCCAUAACAUUGAAACCAGCUCCUUGUUUCUACACUCAUUGUCCAUUUUAUCAGCUCCACUUACCAUAUAGAAGCACUUUGUAGUUCUACAAUUACUGACUGUAGUCCAUCUGUUUCUCUACAUACUUUUUAGCCUGCUUUCACCCUGUUCUUCAAUGGUCAGGACUCUCCCAGGACCACUAAAGAGUAGGUAUUAUUGGGUGGUGGAUCAUUCUCAGCACUGCAGUGACACUAAUGUGGUGGUGGUGUGUUAGUGUGUGUUGUGCCGGUAUGAGAUACAGCAGCGCUGGAGUUUUUAAAUACUGUGUCCACUCACUGUCCACUCUAUUAGAAAGUUUGUAGUGAAGUAUGUAGAGAAAUAAAUUGACUACAGAGAAAUAGAUGGACUACAGUCAGU